GAGAGAGAGAGCGAGAACACAUCGCAGCAGAGAUGCAGCAGGAGGUUUUCCGAGGUUUGGGGGUAGGGUCAUGGUGUGCAAGGUGGAUGACUGGGACCCCCUCCAUGCGGGUGUUCUCCACUCACAGCUGAAUGAACAGUGUGUGGCUGAACCCACUCAUCUCUCUGACGUGACACUCAUCGGCACUUACAGUGCAACAUUUGGCACUCUUCCGUGCAUCCUCAUCACCUGCGGUCCUGACUUCGAUGAGCUGCUGUCUUCCCCUCCUGCCACUCCUCCUGUCACUUCUCACUCUGGUUCCCCAGUGUGCAGGGUAGUAGGGCAGAAUUACCUCCGGUCCAGUGUGUUGUUGGACUUGCUGGACUACAAUUUUCGUGUCUCCCAAAGAACCUCCAAGGGGACCAGGACUUUUUCUGAAGUUGACUACAGCCUUUGGGUGCCCUUCUUUGUUGACUUGUUUAUUGGAGAAACAAUCACAAUGAAGAACAGAAACAGACAGGUUAGAGGGGACAGGAUAGGGGACAGGACUGACAGAGCAGACAGCUUCAAGACAACAAGGAUAUCUCUCAGUUUUCCCAUCAGCGUGGGAUUGCCUAGCCUCUCCGCACAAAACCACUGCUCCUUAUCCCAUUCCCCUUCAUCUACUUUGGCUCAUGACCGAGACCGUCAAGGGGCUGCAUGGAAAAUGGAAACUUCCAGAGACAAACAGUUAUCACACUCACCAUCAAAAUUAGACCACUUGUCUUCUUCCACCUCAUCUCCGAUUGACCUGACCGCACCAAUAAGGAAUAAGUGCAAAUCUGCUCUGUCUUUUUCUGUUGCUCGUUCUGAUCCCCAGUUUCAGAGAUCCUCCUCACGACUACAUUCUGAGCAGGAAGUUGACUAUUCAGAGGAGGCAGGUGGUGGGAGUCUCCCUAAUGGUACAAACUCAGAGCAUUCAACAACAGAGACAGCACAUAUCCUAUUCAACCUGAGUGCCAGGGCCUACCAGAGCCAGGGGACAGGGAGCCAGGACAGUUUAAAGGGUAAAAAGGGGAAAGGCAAUGGCCUCCAUGUUCAGUUGAGCCUUCCUCAACAUGGAAUCAAUAGACAAAGCCAUCCUCCCUCUCCUCCUCCCUCUCCUCCUUCUCUUCUCAAUCUAACCCCUCCUUCCCUGACGCCUCCUCCGCCUCCUGCUCUCUGCGAGUCCUCUCGGGAAAUGCCAAAGCCGGAGUUACUGUGUGGGGUGUGCCACCGUCUCUUCAGCACUGCGUCAUCCCUCACCAUCCAUAUGCGUUUGCAUCGGGGUGGACGAGCACUCAGUUGCCAGCACUGUGGUAAGGCCUUUAUCCACAACAAAAGACUGCAGUCCCAUGAGGCCACUUGCAUGCAGGCACAGCCAGUACUGCCUGUUCAACCCAAACAGGAGCCUCUGGAGGAGGCUAAGGUAGACAGAGAAAGGGUUAUUAAGGUUGAGGGUCCAGCAGAGUCAGCACAAGAGCCUGUGCCCAGCCGACCCAUAAAGAAAGGUCGAGGACUCAUGGCACGUCAACGGAUGUCAUUUUCUCACAGCGAUCUGCUUGGAGAGGGGGAUCACUUUGUGAAGGUGGUGGACGGGCAUAUCAUCUACUUUUGCACAGUGUGUGAACGCUCCUAUAUGACAUUGUCCAGCCUCAAGCGCCAUUCCAAUGUACACUCCUGGCGCCGGAAGUAUCCCUGCCACUACUGUGACAAGGUAUUUGCUCUUGCUGAGUACCGAACUAAGCAUGAGGUCUGGCACACCGGUGAAAGGCGGUACCAAUGCAUCUUUUGCUGGGAGGCCUUUGCUACUUAUUACAACCUCAAAACACACCAGAAAGCCUUCCAUGGCAUUAAUCCUGGCCUCAUAUCUAGUGAGAAGACAGCCAAUGGAGGCUAUAAGCAGAAGGUCAAUGCACUUAAGUUGUAUCGCCUGCUGCCCAUGCGCUCUCAGAAACGGCCUUAUAAAACAUAUAGCCAAUCCUUGGCUGAUGGACUUCUACUCCAGGAUUCAUCUAUUAACCUGGACUGCACUCUGCCAACUUCUCUGGAUCCUACCAAGCUGCAAUCCAUCAUCAAUAAUAUUCACACAAAAGAGCUGAAGCCUGACCUAGAGGGAGUCCCCAUUAGUGUGAGCUUGGAGCAGGGAAAGACCUCCAAGCCUGCAGCUUCCCAAACUAGCAUGCCAGCAAGGAUUAGUGAGAGAGACAGGUCAGAUGCAGGGCAGUCUGGGAACAGUAGUGGUAGGGUCAAACCUCCCAAGGGCAAUGAGGCAGCUGUUUCCUCCGUCAUUACCUUUGGACAUACCAAGCCUUCAGUCAUUGUGCAUGGCAAUGCAGUCUCAUCCUCUGUCAUAGUUCACAGCAAUCAGAUCUCCUCUGGAAAUGGAAAAAUUUCCCUGGACAUUCCCUCUCCCAAGGAUACCUGUCAGACCACAGCAAAGGCUACUCAGUAUCAAACAAAAAAACAUCUACAGAGGGAACAGAUAGACAUACAUAAAGAGCAAGAUGCAGCUGGCUUAAAAUCUUCAGAGGGCUCAGAAAUGAAACAAUCAAAAGAGACAGGGAAACUUCAUAAAGGGGGCAAAGCUCAUAGCAAGAGCCAGUCUGCCAAAACGGUGCCAGUAUCAGGAGGAUCAGAAGUCAAAGGCAGUGGACCUCUGUGUCAGAUCACUGUUCGCAUAGGGGAGGAGGCUAUUGUUAAACGGAGCAUUUCUGAAACAGAUCUCAUAAGGGACAAAAAUCCAUCAGAUCAUAAAGUCAAAAAAGGUGACCCCUCACAAGAGAUAGUAAGGGAACCACGGCACACUCACCAUCACAGACACAAACACCGCACCCACCGCAGCUCCAGCCAGGAGGAUGUUGAGCCAAGACGGAAAACCCCCAAAACACCAGGGAAGGUCAGGGAGUACUACUUUCGGCAGGAGGUCCGAGAACAAGACAGCGACCAUGAUGGCGAAGACAAUCUGUGGAGGCCCUACUACUCUUACAAACCCAAACGGAAGAUCCAGCAUAUGCAGAAGGUAAAGAGCUGGCAGCGCAAAAUGCACUACAAGCGAUCUCUGAGGCUAAUGAGAAGAGCAGAGAGACUCAUGAACCAUGUCAAUAAAGAAGUAGAAGGAAGAGAGGAGGAUAAUGGUAGUGAGAGAGAUGGAGAUGAAGUAAAGGAGGAGAACAGUAUGGUGGAAAAGAGUGUGGUACACUUAAGAGAAACCUCAGACACUCCUCCUGUCACCUCAAAAGUAGAAUACAAAGAGGCUGGUACGAAGGGGAAAGACUGCCAGCGAAAACUCAAUCCUCCUACCCCCUCUAUCUCAGCACUCCCUCCUCCUAAUCCACUCCAGAACACAUCACUCUCCUCUGCUAUAAGACAGGAGCGACACUGGCCCAUGGACCAGGCCUCUGAGUGUGGCACCUGUGGUCGUUGGUUCUCCAGUCCUAGGAAACGAGACAAGCAUGAAUUAACACACCUGCUGGAGUUUGUGUGUCUUCUGUGCCGUGCUCCUUUUUCAUCCCAAACAAAAUUGGAGGAACAUCAACGGAAUCAGCAUCCAAAACCCAAACGCCCUUCUGCCCCAGGUAUGCACCUAUUCCCCUCCCCAGAUGGGGAGGAAGAAAUGGAAAUAGAGGGUGUCAGCGAAACAGAAAGGAGAAAAGUGUUGGAGAAGAGCAGUCUAGGUCGGCUAGGCAGGAAGCCUCUGGUCAGACACACCUGUUCAAAAUGUGAUAAGGUGUGCAAGACAGCUGCAGCUCUUCACCGUCACCUAAAGCGGCAUGAGUUGGGAAGUUCUGCUGAGGUUGAGUAUUCACAGCCAAGAGCAACUGUGCUAAAUCUAAACCCUGAAGUAGUACAGGCAACUCAGAGCAAAGACUCAGAUGCAAAGUGUGACCGUGCACAGCCCAUCCCUGUCAUAAACUAUCCAAAACCAGACUCACAACCAAUUGAGAGCAGUCAGGUUCAGACCAACUUUUGUGAGGUGAAAGCAGAGCACCUAACAGAGGGGUCUUGUAAGAGUCCUGAACCAUCAACAUUUGACAAGCUGUGUAGUCCAACCUGUGCAAAGCCCUCCUCAGGUAGCCUCAGCCCCACAGUGGACCAGUCAAAAGUUACAUCUUCCAGCCUUCAUAGUAUACUAGUCAUGAAUGGGACAGAGUGUCUGGACUACAGAACACCUGAAAAGCGGAAUCUCGAUGCACUGGACCAGAGGAAAAACAGUCCAGCACCUACUGAAAGAUCAAGUAACAAUGGUUCACUCACAGCAACAGCAUCCCAGAUUAAAACAAAUAGUACUGCAGCAGUGUCAUUAGAAACACAAUCAGUCAGACAGGAUGGUUUGGACCAAGAGGUGGCCUCAGAUAUACAGACACAGGGUGAUAUUGGGCCAACUGGUCAUUUUAAUGCUUUGCUAGAGGCUCAGGAUCUGCGAGUGUCAUCUUUGUCCAGAAGCCCAAGCAGCCAAGCGCAGGACUUGUCAAUGCCAACUAUCUUGGCGCAAGAGAGAGCACUUGCCCAGAGGGCCACAGGCACAUCAAACAUCCCAAGAGAACAAACUACAGAUACAGAGUUAACGUUGCGGGUACCCAAAGAGGAGCCACUGAGUCCUGUGCCAUCUCCUACAUGUUCUGUUGUUCAAACCACUACAAAUGGGCCUUCUCAUAAGCAUUCAAAGUCCCCCCAUUACUCCCCUGACACCUUGGACCAGCAAGCACUGCUACACCCACAGGACAGCAGCCCUCAUUGUGGUGGCCAUGGAACAGAGAGACAGGGUCUGCAAAUAAGUGGGGGGACAGAGCGCCCCUCUGAACAUGCCUUGCUUCUUCCCCAAGCAAGUCUGUCUGAGCCAGAGGACAACGCCUCUGUAACACCCACAGACUCCCACAGGGAGGCUAGCUAUCCCAUCCAGGAAUUUCCCCUUCCCUUGAUUGUUCCGGGAGGUUAUCGCUCUGGUAAGAAACAAGAGGACAACAUUCUGAUGUCUUACCCUGCUGGACCUCUACCUUUUGGGCCACUGGGGAAAAUGGUGCCUCACAGUGACUCAGCCAAACUGCCCUUUUUCCCUGAUUCCUACCACCUCUUCUAUGGCCCACAGCUCCUGGCAUACCCAUAUAACUUGGCUGCCUUGCCCAUGGCUUUGAAUAUGAUGGCGCCAGGGGACAAAGUAGAGCCUCUGCCUUUCCUGCCUGCUUUCUUCAACUACGCUGCCCCGUAUGCUGGCACAGUACCCCAUCCAUUAGUGGUGAACCCAAACCUGUACAACAGCAGGAGUGACAGUAGUAAAAAGAGGGACAGUAGCAACCCAUAGCAAGAUGUAUCAUAGCAGCAAAGGUGUUGUCUAACAAAAAAGAUGGGGCCUUUAGAGGAGGACUUUUUAUUUGUUUUUUGUUUUGUUUUUUUGUUUUGUUUUGGGGUUUUUUUGCUCUAGUUGGUAGCAAGAUGCACAUGCACAGUUUUUGCCUCUCUUUUGUAAAGUAGUAAUGCGAAGUAGGCAAAUUUUAGAGGAAAAAAUUAAGUAAAAUAAAGGAAUGCUGUUUUGAAGGGAGAAGCGAUAGAUGAGAGGGAGGUAAGAGAAGGGACCAAUUGAUACCCCUCUUCCUGCUUCUGGUAGAUACACCUCCAACACACUUCUCCUUUCCUCCUGUCUUUCUGUAGUAGUUGUAGAGCUUAACUAUCCGUCCUCUCAGAUUCACUACAAUUAUAGUAACUAUAACAUGCAAGUAAUAACAGCAAACAGGGUGUAUGUUUUGCAAAAUUUAGUUCAGUCUGCUUCCUUUUAUAGUGAUUGUACAAUAGUAAUUAUGACAAUAAUUAUACUGCUAAUAGUGGGGGCUAAAUGGUUUUUGAAAGUAAAGGGAUGGAUCUGAAAAAAAGGCUUAAAAGUCUAAACAUUAGUAAAGAGAAGUCAGAGCGCAACAAGAUUUUGUUUUGUAUGUGUGGAUAUGUAUCUGUCACUGUGUAUAUGUGUGUG